GUGACCGCUCGCCGGCGACGGCUGAUGACGCUCGAGCCCGCGCUCGCGGUUUCAGCGACCCGGGAAGGGAGUUGAGGAAGGAGUUGGGGUCCGGGCGUGGGCGGUCCGGGUGCAGCCAGGCCGAGCCGGGGCGCGCCUCCAGGUAAUAAUUUCAAGAUGCCCGGACGUUCCAGUUCAAGUUCAGGUUCAACUGGUUUUAUAUCCUUCAGUGGUAUAGAAUCUGCUCUCUCCUCUUUGAAAAACUUCCAGUCCUGUAUCAGCUCUGGAAUGGACACAGCUUCUAGUGUUGCCUUGGAUCUUGUGGAAACUCAGACUGAAGUGAGUAGUGAAUACAGUAUGGACAAGGCAAUGGUUGAAUUGGCCAUGAUGGAUCGGGAACUAAGCCAUUAUGUAAAGGCUGUUCAAUCUGCAAUAAGUCAUGUAAAAGAAGAACGUCCAGAAAAAAUACCAGACCUAAAAUUGUUAGUGGAGAAGAAAUUUUUGGCUUUACAGAAUAAGAAUUGUGAUGCAGACUUUCAAAAUAAUGCAAAAUUUGUACAAUUUAAACAACAGCUGAAAGAACUAAAGAAGCAAUAUGGUCUUCAAGCCGACAGAGAGCCUGAUGGGACAGAAGGAGUUGAUGAAGACAUGAUUGUGACCCAAAGUCAGACCAAUUUCAUCUGCCCCAUUACUCAGGUGGAAAUGAAGAAGCCGGUGAAAAAUAAAGUGUGUGGCCACACCUAUGAGGAGGAAGCCAUUGUACGCAUGAUUGAGUCCAAGCACAGGCGGAAGAAAAAGGCCUGUUGCCCCAAAAUUGGCUGUAGCCACACCGAUGUGAGAAUGUCUGAUCUCAUCCAGGAUGAAGCACUUAGAAGGGCCUUUGAGAACCACAACAAGAAGAAAAAUCGCCACUCCGAGUAGGAAAAACGCACCUACCUACAGGGAUGUCCGCAGCCUACCUCCUACCCCAGCCAUCUGGAGAAAGCAGUGCUCAUCCAAGCACUUCGACUGGCUGCAUAGCAUACUUUGUUGGGGUAACACUUGAAGGUUUUAAGUGUAAUUGGAAGCAUUUUUCUAUGUCACAACAAAAAUCCAAGCAUAUUAUAUUGUUUAUUUUUGAGUGUUCUAUAAUUUUAAAUAAAAUUUUGAUUAUCUGCA